GAGGGCUAGCUGCUGCCCAUCUCCUCUAACUCCUUCCUCUUGACUAUGGGGGUCAGGUUGAAAAGAGUUUUGGUGGGAGUGGCCUUUUAUGCCACACACCCAUAAUUAUAACUUGAAACUCUGAUUUGUUCUCUCUUUGGUCUCUAGAAAAUUCACUGACUUACAUUCAGGAAACUCUCUUCUGAGAAAUAGAAACUACGGCAGAAAGGGCAGACCACUGCACAGUGUCAGCCUCCAGACGCUACAGCAGAUCACAAUUUCACACUCCCUGUCUUUCUUGGCUCACAACACUUGUGUUCCCCAAAGCCAAGAGAUGAACAAAGAGCAGCAUGAAGUGUCCGUGAUGGGAGGACCCCAAGGCACCACCACUGUGACUACCGCCAUCAACAUGCCCAGCGAGGUCUCCAUACCUGACCAUGUGGUCUGGUCCUUGUUCAACACACUCUUCAUGAACUUCUGCUGCUUGGGUUUCAUUGCCUAUGCCUACUCUGUGAAGGGACAGGAAGAUGGUGGGCGAUAUGACUGGGGCCCAGGCCUAUGCCUCUACUGCCAAGUGCCUGAACAUCAGCGCCCUGGUCCUCAACAUCAUUAUGACCAUUGUCGUCAUCAUUGUUGUCGCCAUUACCACGAUGGCAUUCCUUAAAACCCUUAGGUACUGAGAUUCUUGCAUCCAUGGCUGCCCCUCACCUGAGCUGCGGACCUGACCCCUGUGCUGAUAUUACACGUAUGCAUCUCUGCAGUGAAUUCAAUAAAGUGCAUGUGGUAGCAACCCUGGCUGUAA